AUGGAGGUUCAAGACGGUCUAAUGAAGGAAUUGUAUAUGAUCUUGACAGGCUGCGUAUUGCCAAGUAAGUUGGACCCACCAAAGAAACCCGUUUUACCAGCGCAAACUAUCCAGGUGUCCAAUGUGCCUCUAACUGUGCUUGCGUUAGACACCCUUGGAGAGUUCGAGUUUCAAAGGCAUUAUCUAGAAAUGUUUAUGCAGUACAUCUCAGAGGGUUACCUCCUCUGUGAUUCGGUUACGGUGCGACUUGCUGCUGUAAGGUGUUGCGCUGCUAUUGUGAAGCCAUUUGUUAAGGUAUACGAAAUAGCCCAUCGAGAACAUCGGCAGUGGGUAUUAGCAUUAAUUCAUGGAGUACUACGAAGUCUAGUCAGCGCUGGGGUGGUAGAUCCUCAACUGGAAGUGCGGCUAUGUGUGCUACAAUGUUUCUGCGAAGCAAAUCGCGCGUUUUUGUCACAUCUCGCCCAACCGGAGAUGCUUCAGCUGCAGUUUAUGAGCCUGCAUGAUGAGAAGCUGGAAAUGCAAGAGGCUGCUGUCUGCCUUCUUGGUCGUUUAUCUGAACUUAAUCCUGCUCUCGUCCUGCCAAGAAUGCGGCGAGUGCUCCUGGAAACACUAAGUCAACUGACAAAUAGUGGACAAGCUAAGUAA